AUGCCAGCGGACCAGGCUGAAAGCGGGGCCGCGCAGCCGCUGGGCGCUGGCGCGGCGACGCCCGACGGGACCCCGACCAAGCGAGGGAGCCGCGCCAGCGUGCCCGCCGCGCGGACGCCGUCGAAGGGCAAAGCCGGCCGCACGCCGCCGGCAGGACCUAGCCCGGCACCCCGAGCGCCCAACCAUCCUCAUCACCCUCUGGCGCAUCGAGGCCUCGGCGACGCGAGCGGCGCGGCGCCGCGCGCCCCCUUCUCGGACCCGUACUGCGUGUGCCAGCUGCAGGGGAAGCCCAAGAUGAGGUUCCGGACGCGGACCAUCACGGACUGCCGGACGCCCAUUUGGAAUCACAGCUACGUGUUCACGGACUGGGGCCCGCACGACGAGGUGCAGUUCAAAUUGCUGGAUGAGGAUGAGGACAAGAGCAGCGGGGCCGACGACGUCUUGGGCAACGCGACGUUCACGAGCGACAUGCUGGACGAACAUGCCGCGUUCUCAGGGGUGCUGCCCCUGCAGGACCCCUGCCUCGACGGCGCCGUGACCCGCCGCGCGAGCCGCGGGGCCGGGCACCUGAAGGUGAGCGUGCAGGUUGAGCUGGCUGAGGACGACGAUGUCUUCCAGGAGUUCCGCACGCGACCCCGGGUGCGGCAGUCCGCGGCGAUGCAGGCUUUGCAGGCCGAGGUGAACCAGCUGCAGCAGGUUCUGCCAGACACCGUCUGCACUGUGGACCUUGUGGACUGCGACCUGUUCAAUUGGGAGAUUGCGCUGGCAGGCAUGCAGUCCUACUACGAUCAAGUCGUCCGCGAGGCUUGGACUCGCACCGUUGGAGAGCACCACCUGGGGGACGCCGGCGCAGAGCGCAGCGGUGCAGAGUAUGUGUUGGCCUACAGCCCACAGCCUGGCAAGCACGGGGUCAGGAGCAUCGGGAGCACGGGCGGUAACGAGGAGCACGAGGAGGACGAGGAGUACGAACAGGAGCGUGCGGAAAAGCAGGGAAAGGGCGGCUACCGGAUGGACGCGGUGUCAGUGGAGUUCGGUGCGGGCGCAUGCGCGGCCACGAGCGCGCUUCGGGGCUCGCUCAAGGACCAGAACGGCACCGUCUGUCCGUCCCUGGUGGGCCACGGCGACGCGCUGCAGCUCGUCCUGGGCCUCCUGUCUCUGCUGACGCUGCCGCUGCCAGAGCAGGUUCGCAUUGUAUUCAAGCUUGGGGUGAGACGUCUCACCCACAGAGUGCAGGCUGCGAACAGUAUGAUUGGCAAUUCAGGACAGGCAGGGCAGGAGAACCCGAACGCGGCCUACGCACUCAAGCAAGUGCGACGCAGCGCGGAGGGACUCAGCGCUCUGAACUCCGAAUCCGCUUGA